ACAAAGGAGGGUAAGAGGCUGUUGAGUAGCCGUGGUGCCGCGCCGGCUAUGUUUAGCCCACCCCAGCUGGGAACAGCCCCUUUUCCUCAUCGCUUCCGCUGCUUCGCAAUUUUUGUUUCCUUUCGAUGUUGAUGAGACGCCCGAAGUCACUUCUUGAAACGCAUUACAAUGAAUUGGCUCUGCGUGGGUGCAUCUCCUGCAUUGCUUGAGCCCUUGGCGUGCCGAGAUCGCACGUGUUAGAUUUCCCUUUAGUCUUUUUCUUUCCUAGCUUUUUCUGGCGACCUGAUGCCGCUUGUUGGGAGAAAAAAAAAAUAAAAAAAAUAAUGAUCGGGGUUGUUAGUUCAGUUAUGUAAUGCUCUUGGUUGUUCCGAUGUAGCGAUGAACCUUUAGGCUCCAGGAUCCCGGAUUUUUUUUUACCGAGAAUUGGGAUACGUUGGGCCUCGAAAGCGAUUUUCGAUUGGGGAAGUUAAUCGGGGUUUCAUGUUUGUGAGAGGUAUCAUGUAGACGUUUGAGUGGUUGCCAAGGUGAUGGCGAUGGGUUGGGAGUGCGGGAAGAAGGGCUAGACUGCGAAGUCGAUGGGAUAGGGGUGGAUUGCAUCUUAUGGGAGUCGGUGGAUAGGGCAGAGAAUUUGUUUCUGGUCAUCAGGCGCGUUUUGAAGGGUGAUUGCAUAUGGAUGGAUUCAAGUGAGAUUGAGUUGUGGAAGAGUGCAGGAUGGGCAGGUUGAUUUGUUUGUGCCGCCUGCUAAUUCGCGUAGCUCAUCUGGCGCCUGGUGGAGUUAUCGGGGAGGUGGGCAUCUAUAUCCUGGACGGCUUCUGUUGGAUUUAAUUUUGUUGGGGGCAGAUCACCCUGAUAGGAUCUGUCACUGGCACGUUUGCGGCAGAGUGUGGUUUGGAUCAACAACUGUAGUCACCGUUCAACAUUUUCUUGGAUUCUGUGAACUGUAAAGGCUUUGCGCACUUACGUUUGGAUGCUAUUGUGCAUCCGCCAUUGAGCAUCUACCCAGGAACUCCUGGAGAUCAUCAAGCCCUGGAAUACUUCCGGUUGCGAAAGCAAAUGCUUGACAAUUUGAAGCCAUUGUUGGUUCCUUUAGCUCAUGAUGUCAUUGGCUUCUUAAAACAUGAUGGCCGAGAAUCAACUGUAUUGAGUUGACUAUGAGGGUGCAGAAUGGCGGCCCUUGGUUUGAACUUCGCCCUCGUUGGUGUGCUGCUCCUACUCUUGCUCAUCGUCUCCUAUUCCAGCUGCACCUCAUUGGCACACACAGCAGUGGCUGUGUACAAAUUGAGGCAGGAUGGUCACUCUUGGAAGGGUUUCAGUCAAAUUCCCAGCUUGAGACUCACUCCCGAACUGCUCAGCGAUUACAGGAAGCAGUCUCUCUCAUGUGAAGAGGAUUUAUCUGGGUUGGGUUCUUUGGAUACAGUAUGUGUGCUGAAUCAGUCCAUAUCCUUUGCCCAAGAGAAUACUGUUCUAGUUGGAAACGGAACAUUAGAGAUUCAACCCAACGUGUCGAUUUCUUGCGUUAGUCUCGGGUGCAGUGUAACCAUUCUGCUGAGAGGGGAUGCUAACGUGGGUGCGAAUUCCACCAUACGAAGCAGCUCCUUAUGGAUAGAAGCUGCAAACGUAAAUCUAGGCGAUGGCGCAAGUUUCAACUCCAGUGCUUUCGGAGGAAAGCCUCCGUCGGGGACUAGUGGGACGCCGUCUGGGAUUGAUGGGGCGGGGGCCGGCCAUGGAGGUCGAGGAGCUCUCUGCCUGAACGAUUCUAGUAAAGAGCAGAGAGAUAGUUGGGGUGGGGACAUGUAUGGUUGGUCCACUCUUAUGAAGCCAUGGGACUUCGGUAGCAGCGGGGGGACUACACGCAAGUAUGCUGAUCUUGGUGGUAAAGGCGGCGGCCGAGUGAAUGUCACAAUCACAGGGAUUUUAGUGAUCGAUGGCUCAAUUGAAGCGGAUGGGGGAUCUGUUGGGUAUGAGGGAGGUGGUGGAUCUGGAGGCAGCAUUUUCGUUCGAGCGUCUCGAAUAAAAGGGCACGGACAGAUCAGCGCAAUUGGUGGCUCUGGUCGAGGAGGUGCUUCUGGAGGCCGGAUUGCCAUCAGCUCCAUGAGAAUUGAUGGUGUCACUGUACGCUAUCAUGGUGGUGAUAGUUUCGCUUGUCCUCAGAACAAUGGAGCAGCAGGCACACGAUUUGAUUUAUUCUCGUCAUCUCUGCAUGUAUCGAAUAGCAACAAAACAACCGCUACUGACACGCUGCUGCUGGAGUUUCCCAACCACCCUUUAUGGUCGGAAGUGUGUGUAGAAAACAAUGCGAGCGUGUUGGUCCCUCUGUUGUGGAGUAGAGUGCAGGUUCGCUAUACUAUUACCUUGCAGUCGGGAGGUCUUCUCAGCUUUGGUCUGGCUUCGUUUUCAACCUCUGUAUUUGAGUUAGUGGCGGAGGGAGUGUACAUGAGUGAUUCUACGAUCAAGGUGUAUGGGGCUCUUAAAUUGUCUGUGAAGAUGCUGCUAAUGUGGAACUCAACUAUCAAAGUUGAAGGCAAUCCUGAUGAUUUUAUGUUGGCUACCUCAACUAUCGAGACGAGCAACUUAGUUAUUUUGCGGCAAGGAUCAGUGAUCGAAUCGAGUGUAAAUCUAGGAAUGCAUGGUCAGGGUUUGCUGGCACUUUCUGGUCCUGGUGACUCGUUAAGAGCACAACGACUUUUUGUUUCGCUGUUCUACACAGUGCAGGUUGCUGAAGGAGCAAUGAUGCAAGCGCCGCUUAAUGCAGAUUCUCCUAUUAAAGAAGAGAUCACAAGAGUAUAUUGUGAAAACAGUGUCUGCCCAGAAGAAGUUCUCACGCCUUCUGAGGACUGUACACUCAAUGUCUCAUCCCCAUUUACAAUGCAGUUCUGUCGCGUGGAAGAUGUCGAUAUCAAUGGUACUGUAGUCGGUAGUGCUAUUCACGUGCAGCGAGUCAAGACAAUCUCAAUAAGAGGCAUUUUUUCUACAUCAGCAUUAGGGUGCCAGGGAGGGCUCGGCAAAGGAAUGUUUAAUUCUGCUGCUGCAGGAGGUGGUGGGGGACAUGGUGGAAAAGGUGGCAGGGGUUUUUAUAAAGGAAGCUAUUCAUUGGGCGGUGCACCUUAUGGUAAUAACAGCCUUCCCUGUGAGUUCGGCAGUGGGAGCGGCAUUGGCAAUGCAAGCUUUGGGGAAUAUACCACUGGCGGCGGUAUUAUAGUCAUGGGUUCGAAUGAACAUCCUAUAUCGAAGAUUGAAAUCUUUGGAGUUCUAUCUACGGAUGGUGGAAGUUUCGAUGAAUCUCAACGUCAAGUUGGAGGUCCAGACAUGGGUGAUCCAGGUGGAGGCUCUGGUGGUAGUCUUCUUCUAUUUCUUCAGACAUUGAUCAUGGGAAACGGGUCAAUUCUUUCGAGUGCAGGAGGUCAUGGUGGUCCAGUGGGUGGUGGAGGAGGUGGUGGUGGCCGACUUCACUUUCAUUGGUCCAACAUCCCCACUGGAGUAGAUUUUGUCCCCCUUGCUUACGUCAAGGGUCUCUAUCAUACCAGAGGGGGACGUGCCGGAGGUGAAACAUCCGAAGAUGGAGAGAAUGGCACUAUCAGUGGAGUUGAUUGUCCACCUGGCCUCUACGGCAUCUUCUGUAAGGAGUGUCCAGUUGGAACAUACAAGAAUGAGAUUGGCUGGAAGUCUGAGUUGUGCAAGUCAUGUCCACCUGAGAAUCUUCCACGCCGUGCUAAAUAUAUUUACACUCGUGGGGGUGUCGUUGAGGCAACUUGCCCUUAUCAGUGUAUUUCGGACAAGUAUCAUAUGCCAAAUUGCUACACUAUGGUAGAGGACUUGAUUUAUACGCUAGGUGGCCCUUGGUGGUUUACACUCUUGCUCUCGGUUGUCAUGGUUGUCUUGGCUAUGGUGCUAAGCGUUGCACGAAUGAAGUUGGUUGGCAAUGACGACUUUUCCGGGCCUGCUCCAACACCACAUGGAGCUCUUAUCGAUCAUUCCUUUCCAUUUUUGGAAUCUCUAAAUGAGGUACUGGAGACCGCACGAGUAGAGGAGUCUCAGAACCACAUACAUCGGAUGUAUUUUAUGGGCAAUAAUACCUUUGGCGAGCCAUGGCAUCUACCUCAUUCUCCCCCUGAGCAGAUUAUGGAUCUUGUUUACGAAGAUGCUUUUAAUAGAUUUGCUGAGGAAAUCAACUUUCUGGCAGCUUAUCAAUGGUGGGAAGGUUCAGUGCACAGCAUUUUGUCAGUUUUAGCAUAUCCAGUUGCAUGGUCAUGGCAGCAAUGGCGUGCACGUAAGAAAAUUCAGCGACUGAGGGAAUAUGUACGCUCGGAAUAUGAUCAUGCAUGCUUGAGAUCCUGCCGAUCACGAGCUUUAUAUGAAGGUCUUAAGGUGGCAGCAACACCUGACUUGAUGUUGGCAUACAUUGAUGUUUUCCUUGGAGGAGACGAAAAACGACCUGAUUUACCUCCUAAGUUGAUGCAAAGAUUGCCAUUGACUAUAAUUUUCGGUGGUGAAGGCAGCUAUAUGGCGCCCUACAGCCUUCAUAGCGAUAAUCUACUAACUAGCCUAAUUGGCCAGGCUGUCCCUUCAACAAUGUGGUAUAGAUUGGUGGCUGGUUUAAAUGUGCAACUGCGGACAGUGCGAAGGGGGUCACUUCGCAGCAGCUUGCUGCCUGUCUUGAAUUGGCUAAACACUCAUGCCAACUCAAGAAUAGCUUCUUUGGGUGUUCGCGUGGACUUGGCCUGGUACCAAGCUACAGCUACAGGCUACUAUCAGUUUGGCUUAGUCAUGAAUCCUGCUGAUGAAGUUCCUCAGCCAAUGCAGUUUCCAGAUGACCCAAGCCCCAAUGAUUCCCCAAGGAGUAUCAGGUAUAUGCCAUCAGAUCAUGACGAUGGUUUCAAUGCACCCCAACAAUGGCAAUUUAGCCAAGGCUACUCACAAUUGGGAAUUUCAAGGCGACGAAUUGGCGGUGCAGUUUUAGAUUUUAGUAGUCUCAAGUCUUUGGAAUACAGACGUGACUUUUUCUUCCCGUUGUCGUUUCUUGUCAGAAAUGCAAGACCUGUUGGGCAUCAUGCAUCUGUGGGGCUCGUGAUCUCUCUGCUGCUGUUGGUUGAUUUGAGUUUGACACUCCUCAUGCUGCUCCAGUUCUACUCUAUAUCUUUGGGGGCAAUGCUGGCAAUUCUGUUGGUUCUGCCUUUUGCUUCAGUUAUUCCAAGUGCAGCUGGCCUGAACGCUCUAUUUAGCCAUGGUCCCCGAAGAUCUGCGGCUCUCGCACGAAUUUAUGCUCUGUGGAACAUCACUUCGUUUGUGAACCUUAGCACCGCGUUUAUUUAUGGGUACAUUCACUAUGUUAUGAAGUUUGACUCUGCUACGUCUAAUCUUCAGGGUUUCAACUCGGAAGAAGAGAGUUGGUGGCUAUUUCCAGCAUUACUUGUUCUUGAGAAAAGCGUGCAAGCGAGCAUGAUUGAUCUUCAUAUUGCCAACCUCGAAAUUCAGGACCGCACUCUAUACUCUGAAGACGCUACCAGAUUUUGGGAGUCCUGAACCCGACUUGUAGUUUUAUGGUGAUAUUUUAUUGCUAGUAGACUGUCCUUGCAAAUGUUUUGUCAGAGGUAGGCGGUAGUCAUAUUAUUGUAGGAGUGUAUACUGACAGGGGCUGUAAGUCGGAUGUGCACUGAUUGACGUGUUCUACAGGUUCCGCAUCGUAUACGUAGACAAGGUUCGGGUUUGCAUUUGUUACAGCUUUUCGUUUUUCCUACUGUGCCCAAGAUUAUUUAGCCAGGUAUAUGUCUCAUCAAUUAGAGCGAUCUUGUAGCAUUUACUGUACAAAUACCAGCAUAUAUUGACUCUUGCAGUGGACCAAUGGUUAACAUAGUGGAUUUAUAAACACUUAAACAAUUGUGAAUAUACUUAUGUUGCUGAUCAA